UUAGCCAUAUGCACAUUUGUAUUUAUUAUAUAAAAUUAUUAGAGGGUGGGAAACUGAGACUUUGAUUUAUUAAAUAGGAACGUGGAUUUCCAACCACGCAAGAUGAAUUGUUUGCCUUUUUAUCAUCCAAAGAAGUUCCUAUUGCAAAAGGGAGCAAUAAGGCGCCUUGGCAGAUAUUCGUUAUUCCCAGAAUCCAAUUUCACAAUACCACUAAUAGUGAUACCUCCACGCCGCAUUACGCCAUUGUUGUCGAGGUGCAUCACGCCAUCAUGGACGGAAUCAGCGGUCUAAAUAUGCUCUAUUCAGUCCUUGCGGACAAACCCUUUGCUCUAAGCAUGGACCCGUGCACAAUGGCACGACCACAUUUUCUAAAAACCUGGCUUACCUACGCGUUGGGCAUCUUGUCCCUUCCGAGGACCAUGAUGAGGUCGAGUUAUUUGAAAGAUCAAUAUUUCAAACCUGGUCCAGCGCCUGAACUCACCGGGCCUAAAACUCUGGCUUGGACAAGACCAAUUAAAUUGGAUGCUCUGAAACAGAUCAAAACUAUUACAAAAACUUCAAUGGUUUCCAUCUUGUUGUCCUCACUGGGAGCUGGGUUCAAAUCUUUGCACAGGAGAAAUGGGGAGACUACAGUGCCUGCAAAAUUCCACGCUCUUGUUGUGAUUGUCAUGCUGCCAUAUCCGAAGAACAGAGCGCUAUGCAAUCGUGCCAGUGCAAUUUUAUCUCCAUCUAAAAUCCCAUCUCCCAGCGAUACACCCAUCUCGUCACUCAAAGAUAAUCACCAAUUGCUGACCGUUUCGGGACGGUCGGACUCCAUCGUGCUCGCUGCAGCAAAUUCGUUCUACCCCAAAUUGACUGGACUGCUACCCCUCCCAUUGCAUCGUCCACUUGGACUCCCUCUCCACGUGCGACUCACCCUGAGCAAUCUACCCGGACCCAAAGAAGAGGUGUUCAUCAACGGGGGAGAUAAAAUAGUCGACAUGGGCUUUUGGGUGCCUAUAAAGUACAGGAUAGGACUAGGAGUGGGGUCAAUCAGUUAUAAUAAUCGGGUGCGCGUGUCUUUCAUUGGUGACGAAGUGUAUUAUCCACACGAAGGAGAUGUUCAAUUUCUGGCGACCGCUUUUGAGCAAGAGCUACAAAGGUUGGGGGACUUUGUUGGUGUGCAUGAUGUGUUUUACUAAUUUUCCGUUUUUAGUUGUUUUUACAUUAAUACAAAUUCAUAUGAUCUUAUAUGCAGUAUUUUCUAAUUAAUUCAGUUU